AUGAAGCCAGUAAAGCAUCUGUUGGCAUCUAGUAGUAAAUUGGCAAAUGUUCCAGAAUUAACAUAUAAAAAAGGAGUAUUUAAUUCACCAUUGUCGCCUAAACCAAAAGAAAAACAUAGUACAAAAUUAGUACGUGAUAAACUUGAACCAGUGGUCUUAAGAUCUCCACCAACAGGGGAAUCCAUCAUAAGGUAUGCUUUGCCCAUUCCAUCAAGUAAGACAGAGGAGUUAAUAGCAGAAGAUGAAUUGAUCAGGAAAAUUACCAAACAUCUGAAGAUGGUUGUUUCUACUUUGGAAGAAACCUAUGGAUUUAACAUUCCAAAUGGAGAAGAACCAGUUGUGAAGCCUGUACAUGAAGGAUUAACCUUUCCUGUUGGGGAUGAUCUGAAUUCAUUCUUGGUAUGUUGUUCACAAUUUGCAGCUCAGUUAGAAGCAGCAGCUAAGGAAGAACGUAAUAUUUUGGAAUCUCUUUUUAAGUGGUUUCAGCGACAGGUCAGUCAGAUGGAAGAGAUAAGUAAAGAUCGAACUUUUUCAGCAGAGUUUCCAGCACCUGAUAAAACAGUCAGUUUAAGCAUUGCACAAAUAGUAAAGCAGGUGCACAAACUUGAAGAACUGAAAAAUCGCCUUAAAGAAGGGUCUAAAUUCUCCUUCAAAGACAUGUCAUCUAAACCCAAGGAUAGUGAAAUUCCACCAGAAGAAGUGCAAACUUAUGAAGCUAUACAGCAGAAAAUUGAAGAAUUCAUAAAAACACACUCAACUGAAGAAAUUACAGGUGUUUCUGCGACUGAGCCACUAGAAACUUCUACAAUGACUAAUCGAUUGAAUACCAUGUUGAAAAUAUUUGAAAAUCAGGCAAAUAAAUUAGAGAGAGCUAUGAAUGAGCAAGUUUUGUUAGAGGCUAAAAACACACAGAUUCAAAGUGACCUCCAAGUGUUGUCAGAGGAGAAACUGAUGCUGGAAAAUGAACUACAAAAGUUGAAGAGUACAGAGAAAACAAAGGCUACAAGUGAGCGACAAAAGAAAACUAUGAAAAUGGAGAAGAAAAAAGACGAAGGAAUAUCUGAAGAUUCAGAAGAGAAGAAGUCUAUAGUGAAAGAGCUUAAAGUAAAAGAAGAUAUGCCUCAAGUCCAGAAAGUAACACAUGCUCUGAAAAUUGAGAACAGAGUUCUUCGGGAACAACUGAAACAAGCUUUACAGGAAGCUGAAAGAGCUAAGGAGCAACUUGGCUAUUUCCAAAAUCAAGAAAUGGAGUUACUUAAAAGUGAGGGAAAGACCAAGACAACAACAGAAAUGGAUAUUGAUAAAAUAAAAGUUAAAGGUGAGGAUUCAAAAUAUACACCAUUGGAGAAAGACACAAGAAAAACACUAGCGGCAGAUUCAGGUGGACAAAAAAAAAAUGAUAAAAUUAAACAUCCACAGAUCCUCAAGUCUCAAGAUGGAUCACCUUUUUUAAACACUUCAAAUGAAGUUUUAACUGAUGAAGAUCUGUCCUAUCUACUUUCAUCAAAGACCCAUGAUAAAUCACUUACAAGAAUAUUAUUGAGCAAAGAAAUUCAAGAUUCACAGUCUGUUGGAACAUUGCCUCAAGGGAAUGAAACAGUGACAGCAUCAUUCAUUUCACCCCCUGUUGUUAAAAUAAAGACUCUGGGUACUGACAUCUCAAAGGCUGAUAUUUUAGAAGAGAAUUUACGAAGUAAGAUUAAAAAACAAACUUACGAAGAAGCAGGAGAAUUUCAAGGUUAUGAUGAAGCAUCAGAUGAAAAGCUUAUGCUUAACCAUCAGGAUUCAGUGUCAAAAACCCAAACACAAGUAAAGAAACAAAGAACUCUCAAAAGGGAAAGACUCUCUACUCACGAUAAAGUACCAGAUAAAAAGCUUAUGCAUGAGAAUCAAGAUUCAGUGUCAAAAAUCCAACAGCAAGUAAAGAAAGAAAGAAAUCUCGGAAGGGAAGGACACACUACUCAGUUUGAAGUACCAGAUGGAAAUCUUCUCUAUGAGGAUCAAGACUCAAUAUCAAAAACAAAAAUGCAAGUAAAUACACAAAGAACAUUCAAAGCUCAUGAUCAUGUGUUAGAUGAAAAUCUUAUGUUUAAGCAUCAAGACUCAAAGUCAGAAACAGAAAUGCAUGCAGAGAAACAAAAAUCUUCUAGAGAUGAAAGUCUCAUUACUCAUCAUAAAGUACCAGAUGAAAAUCCUGUGCUUGAGCAUGGAGACUCAAUGUCAGAAACUCAACUGGAAGUAAAGAAACAAAGACCUUCUAAAGGAGAAAGACUCAAUAGUCAUAUUGGAGUACUGGGUGAAAAUCUUAUGCUUGUAAAUCAAGAUUCAGUGUCAAAACCCCAAAUGCAAGUAGAGAAACAAAUACCUUACAGAAAGGAGAGGAGUCAUACAUUUCCUCUUCAAAACGAGAAAAACGAUACAAUAACACUUGAAAAUCUACCUCCUGAGAAGAAAGGUUUAUUUUCAAGAAACCAAUCUCAAACUAAGAACCUUAGAGCUAUCAGACAGGAGAAUCUUGAUACUCAGAAAGCAGAAGACGUAUUACCCGAGGAUGAAGUUGAAUUGUCAAAAAGCCAAUCUCAAACUAAGAAACUUAGAGCUGUCAGAAUGAAAGCACUAAAUAAUCAAGAUGUGGAUGAACUCUCAGAUGAGAAUUUUAUACUUGAAGAUCUAGUACUAGCUAAAGGAUACAAGGAUAAAAUUCAAACAAGUGGUGUUUAUGAGUCUCAAAAAUUGAGAGUUAAAAAUGAAGCAGCCUCAGAACAUCCAGAUACAGCAGAAAAUCUUCCAGCAGUGAAUCCAUCAGUUAACGACCUAAUAUUUCAAUUAGGUUUAAACAAAGUGGUAGAAAUUGAUCUAGAACACUUGAAAGAUACUGUUGGAAGACAUAUAUUAAUGGCAGAAAUGAAGAUACAACCAAAGAGUGUCCCUGACACUGAUACAGAGAGCUUUCCAGAUGCUAUUGGAAGAGGUAUAAUAAAGGGUGAAAUCAAGACACAAUCCAAGAGUCAUCCUGAGACUGGUAUAGAACGCAUGACAGAUACUGUUGGAAGAGAAAAAGCAGUUGGUGAAAUCAAGACACAUCAUCAGAGUCACCCUGAGACUGAUACAGAACGCUUCCCAAAUGUUGUUGGAAGAAGUAUUAUGAAGGGUGAAUUCAAGACACAACCCAAGAGUCGUCUUGGGACUAAUGUAGAAGGCUUGACAGAUAAAACUAGAAGAGGUGUAAUAAAGGGACAAUUCAAGAUACAAUCAAUGAAUCUCCCUGACACUGAUACAGAGCGCUUCCCAGAUGCUGCUGGAAAAGGUAUAAUAAAGGGUGAAAUCAAGACACAAUCCAAGAGUUAUCCUGAGACUGGUAUAGAACGCAUGACAGAUACUGUUGGAAGAGAAAAAGCAGUUGGUGAAAUCAAGACACAUCAUCAGAGUCACCCUGGCUGGUGCAGCACCACACCAAGAAGUCUCCCCUUAGCCCUCAACUCCUCCAGUUUGAAACAAGAGCCCAGCGUGGAUUUCCAGCUCUACCAGCAUUGUGGGUCACUUCUUGAGAGCCCUCACUUCUUACCACAGGGAUUUUGGGGUAAUCUGCUGGGCUUGACUACUGGGAAUCUGAUCGUGACAGAGAAGGGGGAGGGGCUUGCAACAACCAGCACUGGGAUCUUGGCAGACCAAGUUCCUACCCGCAGUACCCAAGCAGUAGUCCUGACCAGCAGCUUUGCUCAUCUGGAGAAACAAGAGGGUGGCACAGUCUCACCAGGUGACACCCUGAGAUGCAGGUCUGUAUGGUUUGGUUCCUCACAUGAAGAGCCUUGA